GCGGCGAAGCGUUUGUCACGUGGUGGCUCGCGGGGCAUGGUUUCCAGGAAAACAUGGCCGCGUGCAGGUACGCCGUCCAGGAUUCGUUUAUAAUCCGUGAAAGCACACCGGGGCGGACUGUGGUAGCGAUGAAGACGUUUUGUGGUCGUGCGAACCCCACCACGGGCGCGCUGGACUGGGUGGAGGAAAGCGAGGAGUACGAUUACCACCAGGAGAUCGCGAGGUCCUGCUAUGCCGACAUGCUGCACGAUAGGGACAGGAAUGUGAAGUACUACCAGGGCAUUCGUGCUGCUGUCGGCCGCGUGAAGGCUCGUGGGGAGAAAGUCGUGGUUCUGGACAUCGGCACGGGGACGGGUCUCCUGUCCAUGAUGGCCAUUACUGCAGGGGCGGAUCUCUGCUAUGCCGUUGAGGUGUUUAAACCCAUGGCUGAGGCAGCUGCUUGCAUCGUAAAGAAAAACGGCUUCUCUGACAAAAUAAAAGUCAUCAAUAAGCAUUCAACUAAGGUCACGGUCGGCCCAGAUGGAGACAUGCAGGAGAGAGCAAAUGUAUUAGUGACUGAACUCUUCGAUACUGAACUGAUCGGAGAGGGGGCGUUGCCUAGCUACGAGCACGCCCACUUACACCUGGUGCAGGAGUGCUGCGAGGCCGUGCCCCACCGUGCCACCGUCUACGCCCAGUUGGUGGAGUCGGAGCGGCUGUGGAGCUGGACACAGAUCAGGCCCAUGCAGUUGGAGGGCCACACCCUGGUGCCCCCUACAGCACUGUGCCAGUGCGCAGGAGCGCCCUCUGUCUGCGACAUCCAGCUCAGCCAGGUGCCCCCGAGUGCCUUCACCCGCUUAGGUCCCCUCUGUACCAUGUUCAGCGUGGACUUCAGUAGGCUGAUCACUAGUGCCCCACAGACUCACUCCUGUAGGUUCGUGGUGCAGACAGGUGGGAGUGCUCAGGUGGUUCUGUCCUGGUGGGACCUGGAUAUGGACCCCAGUGGUACCAUUGUGUGUUCCAUGGCCCCCAGCUGGACUUACUCAGACCCCCGAGCCUAUCCAUGGCGCGAUCACUGGAUGCAGAGUGUGUAUUUCCUCCCUGCCGAACGGAACGUGUGUGAGGGGGAGGAGGUCAUCUUAACUGUGUCCCACGAUGACUACAGCCUGUGGUACAGCCUCUCUGAGGGACAGCGGACUGUCGAAAAGGAGACGUCCUGUCGGCCAUGCACCUGCCAGGCUCACCUGGUGUGGACGCGGCCACGCUUCGGAGAGCUGAACGACCAUCGGAGGAGAGCGUACUACCUGAGUGCUCUACGCAGCAUUCUGCAGCCAGACAGCGUGUGUUUAGCAGUGAGCGACGGUAGUCUGCUACCCAUCUUUGCCCACCUGCUUGGAGCCAACAAGGUUUUCAGUUUGGAAAAUUCUGGAAUGUCGAAGAGAGUGAUGGAGCAGUUUCUGGAGGCCAACUCGCUACAAAAUGUGGUCCAUGUACUGGACGUCCGGCCGGAGCAGCUGUCAGUGGACCACUUGCACGGACAGCAGAUCUCUGUGCUGAUUGGUGAACCUUACUUCAGCACCAGCCUGUUGCCAUGGCACUGUUUGUUUUUCUGGUACUGCCGCACGGCGCUGACCCGCCUGCUCCGCCCGGGUGCCAGCAUCCUGCCCGCCUCCGCUACGCUCUACAUGCUCGCUGUGGAGUUCCAGGAUUUGUGGAGGAUUCGGGCCCCGUGCAGCACCUGUGAAGGCUUUGACGUCGGUGCCAUGGACGAGGUGGUGCAGAAUUCUCUGGAUUUCCGGGAGUCUCGAAAGGCAGAGCCACAUCCACUAUGGGAGUACCCAUGUCGUGCUCUGACCAAGCCAUACCCAGUUAUGACCUAUGACUUCCAACAGUGUGUUCCUGAGCAACCAAUCAGCAGUGAGGGAACUAUGCCUCUUACCAGGAGAGGCCACUGCCACGGAAUCGUGUUGUGGAUGGAGUACCACCUAACCGAUGACAUCACAGUCAGUAUGGGUCUCACGAAACCCAUCAGCGAGGAGGGCGAGUGUGUGUGGUGUCCACACCGCAAGCAGGGGGUGUACUUCUUCCGGAAUCUGUGGGAAAGUUCAGGAGAUGGCCGGGCAGCUGUGUCAUACAGCUUAACCUUUGACCCGAGCAUUGGGGAUAUUAAAAUGGACUUUUCGGUGUUCCCCUCCUGAAGUUGCAUCAGAAAUUUACUUUCUGGAAAAAUGUUUACAUCCAAAGAAAUAUGUCAGCUGCUGUGUAUUUCAAAACAAAAACCUUUUAUAGUAUGACAAUUUACUGAGUUUAUGGUUAUCCUAAUACCAGAUAUUACCUCUAUUACUGAGUUUCCACUUGUAAAACAUUUUAGCUGGAGUGUGGCAGACACGACUGAAUCUGGGCUUCAUACAUUUUGGAUGUUAGAGCAAUUUAAAAGUGCAUUUGAAGUUUUAUGAGUUUUACGAGAAGUGGAGAUGGUAUGUAAUUGUGAAGAAAUACAAAAGCUCAAGUCUCACAUUAACAAAUGUUCAUGUUUUUAAUUAUACAAUAGAACUAAAUCACAUAUUGACUACAGAAUUCAGUUAAUAGCCAAAAAAAACAACCCAUUCCCACCCCGCCCCCCAAAAUCAAUGAAUACACAAACAUUUGCAAGACAGUAAAUGUAUAUACUACUAAAUAAGCCCUUCAGGUGUGUGGAUAUGAAUAUCAUACUUUAGUGGAUGGGAC